AUGCUGGGCAACGUCUGCGAGGCGUGCGGACUGGAGCAUGUUGACGACAACACACUCCAGUCGCAUGUGUCGAACAAUAUUAAAUGCAAGCGCAAGAUUCAACACUCCCGUGCCCAGCGGCUGGUGGAGGCGUAUCGGGACGCGCUCCGCGCCAGACGCGGAGCCAGGCCCCAAACACCCGUGCGUUAUACAAACAACAAUGGAGGCGCUUCGGCGUCGGGCGGAGAAGUGGACCCUGCUGCAGUUGUCGAUGAACCAGACGAUCUCAUAGUUCCCACUGAGGAGAGCGAUGGGGAGGAGAGUGUUAUGCCACAUAUAGACGACGGCUUCAAUAAUCUCAUAGAGCUGUACAUCUUCUUCCGCGAAGCCGAUCUGUCGCGACGAGAGCUGGUGAAGAAGUUGUUACGGGCAUUUCAGCACAUCGCGGGGUUUGUCACCAAUCCGCGCACGGACGAGGAGGACACCAAGGACGUACGUCAUUACAGCACGCCGGACACUGGGAAGUGGUGCCACGAAGCGCAGUGUUACUUGGAGAGGUGGAACUUCGCAGAGACAACAUGGGGCAACGUGUUCCUCGCAUGCGCCGCGGACCUUCUUUACGUCCUGGACGCAGGCAUGCUCCCACGCAUGGGCAAGUGCUUCAUGGUGGGGAAGAGCAAGCCAGAGCGAAGGGAAUUUGAGAGGUGUGUACGCUCUCAUCCGGAUAUUUCUAGCUGCCGCGUGAUGAACAUGCAAUGCACGUGGCUGACCGUAGAUGGGUGGGUUGGCAGGCGCCGCAAGGAGCAAAAGAAGGACACGCGCGCAAGUGUGGUGCGCAUACCAGGAGGGGCCACAUGGUUUAGCAGUGGGGCGAACUACGCAGCCUUCGAGCACAGGGGGAUGAUGCAGGUGAUGCCCUUGCUGAUUGCCGACAGUAUGGCGAGGAGCAAACCAGCGGAGAAGGAGAAACGGCAACGGGAGGUGGCGGCGUUUGUGACAUACGCCAGCUUCUACAAGGCGCUUGUCGGCGUGACAAAGCACACGGACGACACCCUGGACGACGUCAGAGCAAUGGCAGUGACGUAA